AUGGCAGAAUCGACUCAACCUACGCUCACCAGCCUCGCGGCUAGGAUUUCCGAGCUCGCUGGGAAGCUGGAUGGCUACAUCGAGGAACAGAAGAUCCCCAAAGUGUCUUUUGACGCCGACAGCCCGACGAAGUAUCCCAACCUGUCGCCAGAGAUGUUCAUGGUGCGGCAACAACUGCUCGACAGCCUGAACGAUCUGGAAAUCCUGGCUCAGGGCCCAAGCGAGAGCGUUUUCAAUUAUGUUCACUCUGCCGUCCCGAAUGCGGCGGCAUUGAACACGCUCAACUCGUUCAAUUUCUGGUCCGCGGUGCCGGUGAACGGCUCCGCCUCGUAUGAAGAGGUCGCCGCCAAAGUCUCGCUGCCUCGGGACGUCGUCUACCGCCUGCUGCAGCACGCCGUGACCAUGCGGCUGUUCGCCGAGACCCGCGCGGGCGCGGGGCCGGCGCGCAUCCAGCACACGUCGCGGUCGGCGGCGCUGGCGCAGUCGACCGGCCUGCAGGCGCUCGUGUCGUCCAUCCUGGACGACUCCGGGGCGCCGCUGAUGGUGCUCAACGAGGCGCUGCGACGGUACAGCGCGGGCAAGCCGGGCCUGUCGCAGCGCAUGGACGAGACGUCGUUCGCGCUGCUGCAUGCCGGCGGCCAGUUCGGCCAGUUCCGCAACUCGUGGGAGCUGCUCGAGAACGACGGCGCCGGCGACCGCCAGGGCUGGCGCCAGCGCAACUUUGUCGAGUUCAUGCGCUACCUCAAGGAGCUGUUCCACCUCGAGGACGUCGUGCUCAACUCGUACCAGUGGCCGGCCGAGGGCAAGGUCACCGUUGUUGAUCUUGGCGGAUCGGCUGGCCAUGACGCCAUGGUCCUCGCUCGCAAGUUCCCUGAGAUAGACAUCACUGUGCAGGACCUGAAGCAAGUCCAACCGGCCUUCGACGCCGCACUGCCGCAGGAUUUGGCAGAUCGCGUCCGCUUCCGCGAACACUCGUUCUUCGACCAGCAGCCCGUGCAGGCGGACAUCUACCUCCUCAAGAUGAUUCUGCACGACUGGCCCGAUGAGGAGUGCACCACCAUCCUGCGGAACCUGAUCCCCGUGCUCAAGCCGGGCGCAAAGGUCGUGCUGAUCGAAUACAUCGGCGGCGCUGGCGAGGAGGAGGAGGAGAAGAGCGCUGAUGGCCCCGAGCUGCCGCGGUCUCUUAAGCAGUACGGCACCGCCACGGACCUCAGGCUGAUGGCCAUGUUCAACGGCAAGGAGAGACCUAUCAGCAAGUGGAAGUCCAUCUUCGAGGCUGCGGAUCAGCGCUUCAAGGUUGUCAAGACGGAAGCGGUGUCCAGCGGGUUCUUUGGAAUCGUUGAGGCGGUCUGGCAAGAGUAA